CCGCCAUUUCUUCACGCCUCCCCUCCGUCCAUGAGGGUUGCUGCACUCCCGUCUUGACAGCGAUGGCGACCACGUAUCGCCAAAUCGCACCCAUCACCUAUCAGCGCGAUGUCUUUCCACAGCCCGUGACUGCCUUGGCCUUCGACCCCGUCUCGGACACGCUAUGGACUGGUCUAAACUCGGGGAUCGUUAUGGCGUAUACACCCCGCAAGGGAUGCGGGAGGAUCGCCGCAGGCGACUCCACCGUCCGGGCAUUUGGUGUUGCCAGUGAAAGUGUAGGAGCAUGGGGCAAAGGCGGAGUGAACAAGUGGAAUCACCGAUCCAAUGUAUCUGUAACGGCAAUGUCUUGCAAUACCACCAGCAUUACACAUCUUGUAUCCGGUUCUUCGGAUGGUUUCCUACGACUACAUGACCCUCGGAACGCAAUGUGGCACGAGGGCAAUAAUUCUGUCCGGGCCCACACAGGCGGCAUACAAGGUCUCGAGUCCAGCGGAAACUACAUCUAUACUAUUGGUCUUGGCACAAGGCAGGGUCGGCCGUUUCCCGACCCGCUGGUCAAGGUGUAUGAUAUGCGUGCACUAAAACCGCUGCCGCCAUUGCCGUUCGCAAGCGGUCCUGCGUUCAUCAACAUGAUACCCAAACGCCCGUCAACGCUUGCCAUCACAUCACAUCAAGGCUUGGUGAACAUCGUCGAUGCCUCCAACCCAACCGUGAACGAAUUCUAUCAGCUCGACGCGCCUUCGUACAUCACUGCUACCGCGGUCUCGGCCACUGGAGCAUAUCUAGCGUUCGGUGAUUCCGAUGGUGCUGUUCAUCUCGUCGUCCCCUUCAAUGGCUUUGAGGGCAAGCCUAUAGAGUGGGCAGACACACCGGAGCCCUUGCCUGAGAUCGAAUGGACGGACUCAACGCCGAUGAACGUCAUUGGCAUGCCCUACUAUAAUGAGAAACUCCUCUCGUCGUGGACACCAGACUUCAUCUCGAGCGGUCUCCACUACCCUCCUCCUCCCAAGAUCCCGCAGAUUAUCUUGAACACUAUGAAGAUCAACGACAACGUCGCAUACGCCGCCUUGCCGAAGGAACUGCGAGGCCGGCGGAACUCCGAGCUCGACACGCCGACGUACGAGUAUGACCCUGAUGUCAUCCCAAAGCCGUACCGCAAGGUCGAGAUCGAGUACUCGAAGUUCGGUGUGGAAGACUUCGAUUUCGCCGGUCUGGAGACGCAUAUAUCGAACUCGUACACGAACGCGAUGGUCCAGCUCAUGCGCUACAACCUACCGAUUAGCAGGCUUGCAAAGUCUCACAUAGCCACUGAUUGUCCGAGGGAACACUGCUCCUACGCCAGGGGUAAAAACUGUCAAGCGAGCAAUUUCUGCAAGACCGUCGGCGUCCUGGCUCAGAUGAACAAUGCCAUAGAGCUCAUCGACUUCGGACGCGAGACAACAGAGCUCAGCUAUGCGCAUAUGAUCCAAUCCUUCCACCGCUUCCUGGUCGACCAUUUGAGUUCCGAAGGAAACUCGUUCCCGCACAACCCGGUCCUCAAUCCCUCGCCGUCAAUGGAGAAGGAGAACAUGACGCACGUCAUCGACAUGAUAUACCCCGGAAGCUUCGCGUCGAUACUGCGCACCUCCCUGCUGCGCCCCACGACACACAAGGCCACAUCGGUCAUACGGUCGAAAGAUCUGCCGCCUCUCCUCGCUGUGAAUGCGGCUUGUCACUCGGAAGAGACGCACAAGGUCUGGAGGGACAACCGGAAUCAGACGUUCCUCAAGCCUUCUGUGGAGCUGCAUGGACAGCUAGAGGGGAUGGAGGAUCCUGAGGGUGCCAUAUACGACUUGAGGGCUAUGGUCGUGCAGGUCGUGACCAAGGAUCAGAAUUCGCAUUUGGUGGCGGUUGUUAAGGUACCGGAUAGCGAGCAUCAUUUCGACUCGGAUCACGAAUACUCGUGGUACUUGUUCAACGACUUCGUCGUGCACGGCAUCACCGAGGAAGAGGCGUUGAGCUUCCCGUCGAACUGGAAGGUGCCUUGCGUGCUGUACCUGGAGCGAGUCGAGCUCGUUCAACGACUCGACUUCAGCGGGUUGCCGACGAGUAUCGAUCGGUCGAUCCUCUGCCGCGACACGAACAUCGCCAUAACCCGAGACAAGAAGUUUGUCAAGCACAAGCCUCUCAGACAGGACGAGCUGCCGAAGCCCGGGACACUGGUCGCGAUCGAUGCCGAGUUCACAGAGUUCCGGUCGGACGGCACGAAGAAGGUGCUCCGGCCUGCGCGUCUCAGCCUCGCUCGCGUGUCAGUGCUGCGUGGCGAAGGGCCCAGCGAAGGCGUUCCCUUCAUCGAUGACCACAUACACACGAGCGAAGUGAUCGUCGACUAUUUGACGGAGUUCUCUGGAUACGUCGGGGAUCUUGACCCUCGCAUCACACGGUAUACCUUGACUCCAUUGAAGUUGGUGUACAAGAAACUUCGUCUACUGGUAGACCUCGGCUGCAUAUUCAUCGGUCACGGACUGUCCAAGGACUUCCGUAUCAUCAGUGCACAUCUUCGUGCCCCCGAGCAGGUCAUUGACACUGUUGACCUGUAUUUCUUGCCAAACCGGCAGCGACGCCUGUCCCUCCGAUUCCUCGCUUGGUUCGUCCUGAACGAGAACAUCCAAACGGACACGCACGACUCCAUCGAGGACGCGCUAUCCGCCUUGCGGCUCUACAAGACGUACCAGAUGCUCGAGUCCGCAGGGAUGUUCGACGAGAAGCUAGACGAGCUCUACCGGGAGGGCAAGAAAUACAGCUGGAGACCCCCCGCGCCGCCAACGGCCGUCUCCUCGGCCACGCCCGCGAUGAUGGGCAAUAUCGCCACGCAGAUCGCGCAGAUGAACAUGAACGGGCAGCAGAUGGGCCCGACUAUGCGGGGCCCGAACACCCACCAGAGCAUCAUGCAGACGCUCAUGCCCGCGCCUGGCCAGUUCCCCGGCCCGCACCCCAUGAACAUGUUCCACACGCCCUCGCCGAGUCCGCAUUCGUUCUCCCCGCCGCCUUGGAAUAGGUAGCGGGAGUCGGUGAGGACAUGGAGUGAAUGAACUGGAAGAGGUAGCUUUGACCAUGACGCCUGUAUCGUUAUUUGUAUCGUCGCUGUUCAGUGUAGCUUGCUUUCCUGUCACGCUGUGUAACGAGACUCACAUCUGCAACCCCAACGAAAUGUAUAAUUCACGAGUGUCCUGUGUUAGCCGGACCUCCGAAACCUUUCAGAGCGA